GUAAGCCUAGUGUUUUUAGUCAUGAAGCAGGGUUUUUAAAAGUUCUAAUUAGUAAUCGAUUUGUAAAGGUUAAACCAAACUUUGUCUCAAAAGUUAUUUUAUUUCAAAAGGCUAGAUGGUCUAUUGCAAACAAUAGAAAAGAACUGGUAGUUAAUUUUUUUGAUCUAAAAGAUAGUUACUAUCAUGUAUUUAAAGAUUGUUAG